AGGAACCGGCACGACAAUCUUCAACGCAGGAUAAUCAGAAAAUCUGAAAUAUUAUUUUACGAGUAAAAUUGUCGAAAACGUCGUUCCUAUUUAGCCGGUUGUGUUUGCAAUGUUACAGCUUAGGUUCUCGGGGGCUUUAAAGGAAUUUUACAAACCCAGUCUAAGACGCAUUUUAAAAAGUAAUACGGAUAAUAAAACACCACGAUGCACACCAUUUAGGCGCCUUCUGUGCACCCAGACAGACGCGACCAGCCAAGCCCAGAAAAAUGCGCUCGGCAGCGAUGCGGCUACGGAGAAGAGAAGGAAGGCAGGCAUUUUGCCCAGCCUGGAAGAUCUGCUGUUCUACACCAUUGCAGAGGGCCAGGAGAAAAUUCCGGCUCACAAAUUCACCACGGCAUUGAAAUCCACUGGUCUGCGUACUGGCGACCCUCGUCUUAAGGAAUGCAUGGAGAUGUUAAAGGUCACCGUUAAAACCACUUCAGAUGGCGCUCUGGAUCGACAUCUCUUCAAAAAAUGCGUGCAGAGCAACAUCGUGCUGCUCACUCAGGCUUUCCGCAAGAAGUUCGUCAUUCCCGACUUUCAGUCGUUCACGUCUCACGUCGAUCAAAUUUACGAGAGCGCUAAAUCCCUUUCGGGUGGCCAGGUGGCAGAUUACAUUCCUCAGCUAGCAAAAUUCAGCCCAAAUCUCUGGGCGGUUUCCCUCUGCACUGUAGAUGGUCAACGAUACACUGCAGGUGAUACGAAAGUUCCCUUCUGUCUGCAGUCGUGUGUGAAACCAUUAAAAUAUGCAAUCGCGGUUCACGACCACGGCACAGAAUACGUUCACCGUUUUAUAGGGAAAGAGCCCAGCGGUCUUCGAUUCAACAAACUGUUCCUAGAUGAAGAUGAUAAGCCUCACAAUCCCAUGGUAAACGCUGGUGCCAUAGUUUGCACCUCCCUCCUCAAGCAACGUGUAAGCAACGCUGAGAAGUUUGACUAUGUGAUGAACUUUAUGAAGAAGUUGGCCGGAAAUGAGUAUGUCGGUUUCAGCAAUGCAACGUUUCAGUCAGAGAGAUUGUCAGGUGACAGAAACUUUGCCAUUGGUUACUACUUGAAAGAGAAGAAGUGUUUCCCCGAGGGCACUGAUAUGAACUCCAUCCUGGACCUUUACUUCCAGUUGUGCUCCAUUGAGGUGACCUGUGAGAGUGCCAGUGUAAUGGCAGCUACCCUCGCAAACGGUGGUUUUUGUCCAAUCACUGGCGAGCGCGUGCUGAACCCUGAGGCCGUACGGGACACGCUGAGUCUCAUGCACUCCUGCGGCAUGUACGACUUCUCCGGACAGUUCGCUUUCCAUGUUGGUCUUCCGGCUAAAUCAGGUGUUUCCGGAGGUAUCUUGCUGGUGGUGCCCAAUGUGAUGGGCAUCAUGUGUUGGUCUCCUCCUCUGGACAAACUGGGAAAUAGCGUGCGAGGCAUUCAGUUCUGCACGGAUUUGGUUCAACUCUUUAAUUUCCAUAACUAUGAUAACUUGCGCCAUUUUGCCAAGAAACUGGAUCCACGCAGAGAAGGCGGAGACCAACGGCAGCAGCAGCCUCUCGGACCGCUGGACUAUACGAGUCUACAGAAGGAACUCGCGCUCACUGACAAAGUGUGGAAAAAAGUCUGUCCUUCCGAAACGGAUGGAGACAGUUCCACCUCUGUAGUCUAUAGGAUGGAGGGCAUGGUGGAGCGAAACUAGAAGAGACAACUGCCCCACCCCACCCCAAACACACCCACUUUCUUGUUUUGUCAUCCAUCAGCUAAUCAUUUCCUUUGUUUUAUCAGUAUUUCCUGUAUUGAGUUUUAAGGCCACAUCCACACUAAUAUGUAAGUAUGUCCAUUAUGGCUCGUGUUUAAGAAAAGAACACUCAACAGUGCGUUAGUCGUAACAACACGUUACAAGAGGCCGAGAGGAGUGCCAUGUCCUAUUCUAGUCCCUUUAAUAUGAAGAGACAUCUGGUUUAUAAGUAAGCCAUUUGUAGGUUACCAUUCAGAAGUGUAAAUACAUUUGUGGUUCUGUGGCACUUUAAAACUUUCUCUAUUUAUUGGAGCAGCCUGACAUCUCCACAUUGACGAGGGAAGUGUUUAAACCAACAGUGAUGAUUUUUGCAAUUUAUUUGGUGAAACUAGUGGCACAGAGAUUGCACACAACAGCUUUAAAAUGUUACAAUUAUGUUAGAAAAACAAUGCUGCGUUCACAUAAUUUUGGAUUUACUGUAAUUACGAGAUUUCGGCUUGUUAAAACCAUUCACACCUUCGUCAAACUUGGAAACUAGGAAUUUUAUGAACAUUCCGACCUGACGGAACUUUUACGAUUUUGUUCGCCAGACUCGGAAAGUCUGAGGCCACAUCAACAUUAAUACAUUCUUGUUUGAAAACGCAUGAAUUGUGCAACGUUUACGUCUCUCAUCCACACUAGAACGUCUUUUUCCUUCACUGAAAAUUAAGCGUUUCGAAAAUGCUCUCAAUUAUAACGUACUUCGAAAAAAUAUGAUGUUAAAGGUCACACAUACCUUCACACGGCGAAAUUCCUCGGGCAAAAUACAGUCAUCUCAAUGGGAAUUCGCUCAAUCUUGAAAUUCACGUGACGGAGUUCAAGUUUGGUGAACUUUACGCAAACUUUCGCCACAUUGACCAAAUGCUUGAUUUGGCAGUGACCUCUGUGUGGGCGGUGCUUCAUGUACUGCUAUAUGUAAUUCUGAAUAUUCACAAUGGACAAGGAUAUCGUUUUAGUGGCAAGUUUCUUUUCAAUUUCACCCUGCCAGAGUAUGAAGUGCAGCAUUAUUCACAUUAAUGCGGUAAGGCGUGGUCACACAUACCUGUGCACGGUGAAAUUCCGCAGGUGAAGAUGAUGUGGACCGCAGGGGCGGAGCAAGGAGUUUUUCAAAAGGGUGGCCAGGCAGGGGCAAGCGAUCAGUCUGUGGUGGCACAGAAA